AUGGAUAUAGUACCGUUUCCUUUGAUUAUUCCAGUUGACGAUGAAAAUAAAAUAUAUCAAGGAUAUUUACCUAUUCAUAACAUUGAAUAUUACUUGGAACUUAAACUUGGGCCAAAUGGAUAUAUAAAUGGUGAACAAAAAUUACUUUAUUUGAUUAAUGAGCAAAAAGAUAGAAUAUAUACCAAAUUAAAAAGAGCAGAUGAAAUCAUGUCCUACUUGACUGAAUUAAAAGAAUUACUUGAAGAAAGAAAUCCAGAAUUAACAAAAAAGCCCUUUCGUUAUGAUCAUGAUCGAUAUACGUAUAUCUAUAAGGAGCUUCGAGGGAUUGGAUUUGAUAAAGUUUACCAAGUAGGCGAUGCCAUGAAUCAUAUUAUAUUUCAAACAAUAGAUCAAGCCAAUAGACAGCAUUUAUUAAAAGUAAUAUUGCCUAUUCAUUAUCCAUUUGCAUUACCUCAAGUUAUAUCCGAAUUACCUAGUCCUAUAGAAGCCACUUCUUCAGAGUUAUCCAUUUUAAUCAAACAACAUCAAAUCCUUAUUGAAAAAUACCAGACUUUAUUCAACUGUCUCGAUGAACUCGAUACACACAUGCGUAUACUAGAACCAGAACAACCUAAACGAAAUGAUAUUUGGAGAAGGAUUGCCUUGGGACAUCAUUGUUCUUUGGAGAUUGAAUUAAAUCCAGAAUCACCCAUGGAUUCAAAACCCAAAGUACGUUUCUUUGGUAGUUUAAAUAGAGUCAAUGAUUUAAAGAAUAAAUGGAAUGAAUUCAAAUGGGAUAAAAAUAGACCCAUUUAUCAAAAUUUAUUGAAUAGUUUUCAACUUGUAUCGAAUAGUGAAAAUAAGGAUUUACAAGAAGAUUAUACAAUGACAGGAGAUAUUGAAUGUGGUAUUUGUUAUUCUUAUAAAUUGAAUGAUAAGGAUACACCUGAUAUUAUUUGUGACAAUUUAUUAUGUAAUCGUGGUUUUCAUUAUCCAUGUUUAUAUGAGUGGCUACGUGGUAACCCAGCAACUGUACAAAGCUUUAACAUUUUAUUUGGAAAGUGUCCUUAUUGUAAUGAGAAAAUAACAAUCAAGGCAAAGUUAGGAUGA